GCGGUUGGAGUUGGCAGCAUAAUGAUUAACGGCAAAUCCUUGUUACUUACCGCCUCGUUGCUAAUCCUGGCGAGUACUGUGCAGGCGGAUGGCAGCUUUGAUCUGAAUCUGAAGCAGGUGGAUGACAUCAUUGAUGUGGACUCUGCGGAUGCGCUGGAGCCAGCGCUGGGACAGCACAAACAGCCACAUGCAGCUGGUUAUGCCGACUAUGAUUACUAUAUGAAUGCCAGACGACUGCAGGAAGCCAAUGCUGGCGAUAAUGAGCUGAGCGCUUCCUCGCCUAUGCGUGUUCCCAAUCGCGAGUCCAGUCCUCAUCGCUAUCGUCGACCUGAUGAGCUGCCAGCCAAGUCGUCCAGCUGGUAUGGACCGUAUGCCAACAAGCCCUUGGCCAUGUAUCCCUCCCGAUCGUAUGAUCCCUAUAUCAGACGGUAUGAUCGCUUUGAUGAGCAAUACCAUCGCGCCUAUCCGCAAUACUUUGAGGACAUGUACGUGCAUCGCCAGCGCUUUGAUCCCUACGAUAGUUACAGUCCACGCGUGCCGCAAUAUCCCGAUCCCUACCUCAUGUAUCCCGACCGCCAGCUGGACACUCCGCCUGUAAGAGAUUAUAUCAAAUCGCGUCGUGGCUAUCAGGACGAGCCCAUGCUUGACUCAUACAGCAACAAAUAUGCGCCCACCAAGCUGCCCGCGCAUCCCCUGGCUACACGCAAUGAGCGCGUUGUCUACUACGCCCACCUGCCGGAAAUUGUGCGUACGCCCUACGAUCUCAGUCUGACACGCAAGGAUCGCAAUGCCGCUGCUGCUGCUCUCACUGCCCAGGCGCCCUACAAACUAAGCAAAAAGAAAAUCAAGAGUGCGCCCAGAGUCAAUGCUGAUAACUCCACCAGCUACAAGCCUGCCUUUUAACUCAUUUGCAGCAUCACCGAUUGAACCCUCUUACUGAACUUGCAACCCUUACGUAUACUCAAUUUAUACAACGCGUGCUCUUCUUAGUUUUUAACUCGAAUGUUUUCACCUUUUUUUCAUAACUUAGCUUUAA